UUUUACAAUUAUAUCGUUUUUUAAUACUAUAAAAAGUUCGACGUUGUUUCGAUAAUAGAAAACGUGCAAAUGUCGAUAUAGCAGCACCGUUCCUACUACAUUGGACAUGAGCUUGAAAGUUUAAAACCCAGGUGACUGUUGGUUAGCCGAAGACUGUUGAAGCUUCAGCUUAUUUUUACCGUAAAAAGCAUUUAUUAUAGUAUAAAUUAGAUUCUUUAACGGAUGCAAUAUUGUUGAUUACUGAGCAGCAGCUUUCAAUUUCUAAGUUUACAAAAAGCAUUCCAGCAGCAAUAAGAUAAAAAUGUUAAAGAAUGUAGAUGUGUGUAUUGUUCAUGCCUUCCUGCUAUAUUUUGCCAUAAAUUCGAUGGCUUUUGAAAAUGAUAUUCCUUUGAAAGAUGAUGAGCAUAAACAAAUGUCUGAACAGGGCAGAUCUCAAUAUCAGUUGAUCAAAGAAAAAGGAACAUUGCCAAAAUAUGGGGCAUGUUUUAAGGCAGCUUUAAAACACAUUGAUAAAGGUUGUCGUUAUUUAAAUGAGGAUACUCAGAGUGAUAUUGCUUUACAUAUAACCAACUGUUUCCUGCAAAUGUCUGGACAUGAAACAUAUAACUGCGAGUUGGACAAAAAACCAAAUCUACGAGGCAUAUGCAUAAACAGCAUGUCGGAUCGAGCUUUCAAUGUUUACACCGAAUUUUACACUCACACACAGAAUAUUUGCUGGUUUUUACGAGGACAGAUUUGGCACGAAACAAUUUCAGAAAACACGUAUAGGAUGGGGAGACAGUUGGCCAUUUCAGUGGAGCAACAACAGGACUUUAAUAGACUGCAAAAAGAGAGCAUGGAGUUGCAGGUAACAAUGCUUGAACAAGGGCGGUUUUUGGAAAGAGUUCUGGACGAUGUUGCAAAUUCAACGAAAGGUCAUCAACAGCUUCUAAAGUUCUUGUCACAAAAAGUAAGUAGUCUUCAAGGAUGGAUUGUUGGAGAAAUAUCAUGGAUAGAUUCCAUAAUAUUCAACUGUUUCGCUCUGGUUUUAAUUUUUACAUUUACAUCGUGCCAGAGAACAGUAAACGCCAGAUUUCCGUUACUUUUCUUCCUUUUUGUAAAUAUUUUGCAUGAACGAGUUAUCUGCUCAUUUUAUACUAAAUAUAACGAGAACUCCGAAGCUCAUACUUUGUACAGUAAUUUAUACAGCUUUGUUUGGUACUCUCGCUAUGCUUUCACUUUUUUAUCGGUAAUAACUGUUUUAUAUAUUGGUUUUACAUACAAGGAUAUCUCUCAGGAAAACCUGAAUUUAUUAAAUACGAUAAAGAAACAAAAUAUCGAUAUUUUAGAUAAUUUUAAAGGAAACAGGAGGAGCAGAUCGCCGAAUUUCUCUUCAAUAGCUCCAAACUAUACUGAGCCAACGUAUUUUUAUGAGAAGGAAGUUAAUUCUACUAUUGAUAUAAAAAAUGAAAUUUCGAAUAAAAAAAUUCGAGAACGAAGCAUAGAUAUCCCAAAUACGCCUAAAACUGAAUUUCGCAGUGACUAUCCUAAGAAAACCUUUUUGUCUCCUAGUAUAAGAUACGAGCUUCGAAGCCUAAGCAGACAGUGUUCACCAGAUUCAGGUUUUGAUCGCUAACAUUUCGCUUUAACGAACUUGCAAUGUAAAUGUUUCUUAAUGUUUAUAUUUGGUAGAUAAUUUAUUUAUGUCAGGGAACUUAACAGAAUAUAUUAAGCGAAUUAUUCAACCGUGAAAUAUCUGGAAUGAUAUUAAAGCUAAUAUGUCCGAUAUUAGCUUUAAUAUCGCUUCGAGUUCGAUUCCCAAUUCCUAGCCAAAGCUUACAUAUUACCUUAGUAUCUCCCAAACUUUCAACCUCAAGCCGAUAUCCACAUAUUGUGAGAUGUUUUUGAGUUUAGACUAUAACCAAUGUCUUUUUUAAGACAUCGUGAUUUUUAUCAGGAUAUAUUUAAGUAUUUUGGAUCUGAAUUUAACAACCGUCUACCCUAUUACACUGAUAUUUAAGAGUAUAGCUGUAAGAAUGAUAAUGUAGAAUGAUAUUAUUAAUUUAAAUACGUUUAUUUAUAUUUGAGAAUAAAUAGAAAUUAGAUUAAUAAGUAGCAUAUUACCAAACUGAUGAUGUAGUUCUGGAUACUUUGACUGAUAUAGACUAGUAGUUGAUAGAUAGUUGAUACUGACUAGUAGUUGAUAGCAAUAAUAAUAGGAAUAGUAAGGUUCUAAAGUUUCAAAGAUUCAGAUAAUGACGCAUUUGAUCUACACACUAAAUACCACAUAUGUAUGAUAAUGCAUAAUAAAUUUAGUUUUAUCUGCCCAAGAUAAAACUGAAUUUAUUAUGCCACGAUAUCUUCUGUUUUAUCUUGAAACAAAUACAUUGCAAUUUGAUAUAAUAGAGUAAGGGUGUAUAGAUAGAUUAGUUAGAAAUAGCUAACUUAAAAAAAAUGUUCUUUAAUUUUUCGCAAAAAUAAAUCUAYUACAGGCACACCUGAAAAGUU